UCUGGGUACCUCUUAAUAAAUGUAGCGUUCGAAGUCGAGGGGCAACUAACACUGGAGCCUACUGUCUGCCAUAACGUUGCAUAGACAGCUAAAAUGGCAGGAAGCACUGUUGGGGCUAAGUGGAAGAGCGAGAAGACAUUGCAGCAGUCGAAGCGGGAAGUGCCAGCCACGCUUCAACCACUCGACUACACCCCGACACCGAAGGAAAACAUUGAUCUCGUGCAAGUGGCCAAGAGGCAAAGCCAAUGCGGAAGACACAUCAAGGCGCGCCCACACGUUCUCGAAAGUUUACCAGCGUCUCAGGUACACGCAGUAAAAUCCAACGCACUUUUGUACUAGCAAACUUCUAACGUUUGUGCAACUGAAGCAACACAAUUUUGUUCAAGCCGAAAAGACUUGAAACAAACGUGCUUUCCUUCUUGAACUGGUCGAAUCUGUCGCUUAUUUUGUACUAAGUACUACAUGUAUUACCCUUUGAACGCACGGUUGUUGAUAGUGAUUUCUGUUCGCCGUAUCUAGACUUGACGUCUUCGUUUAGUAGGUGGGUCGAGAUUAUUAUCUUCAGUAUCUGCAGGGUCACUAUCUUCUUCCUCGCUAG